AUGGAGGGAGUAGGAGCCAGACUCGGGAGGUCCUCUACUCGGUACGGGCCAACCACCGUCUUCACUGGGCCGGUCCGCAAGUGGAAGAAGAAGUGGGUCCACGCGUCGUCGUCCAAUUCCAGCAACCUCCACCAUCAAACCGCAAACGGAAACGCUAAUGGUUCCUCACAUCUCCUGUUCUACAAGUGGACGGCGAUAACGCCCAGCCAAAACAAAGACAAUAACGGUGGUGAUAGUAACAAUGUCCAUAAUAAUAUUAGUAAUAACGGCGACUCAAAAAAUUCCGACAAAGACGACGCCCUUGCGGUAGAGGAGCCACCCAAGCGUAAAUUUAAGUAUAUUCCGAUUGCUGUGCUGGAGGAACAAAAGAAUGAGUUGUCAGAACAAGAUGAAGAUGAAGCUCAACCAAUUGAGUUUGACACAAACGCAGAAGAGGUAACCUCUAAGAGUGACGGGUUUGAUGAAAAGCCAGACAUCAAUGAUGUCCCUAUGGAUGAAAAUAAGUCCACGGAGAAUAGUCCCAAAGAACGGCAAGAUUUGAAUGAAAUCACCACAUUUGGCUUGAACGAGAAUGAUGGUGAUAAUAAAUCCGAAAAGACAGCCACAACCAGUUUGAAAGAGUGA